AUGGCAUCUAGCGCUCUUGGCGGCACAGCGAACAGCAACCAAUGGAGCAUCACCCAGCAUCCUCUGGAAGCUAUCAAAACGGGAAUUCAGAGUUCCACUAUGGGAGAAUCGCGUAGUAACCGGGUAACCCAUAUGAUGAGCGCCAAUGAGGGACCCGCGGAUAUCGCAGCAAAGAUAUCAGGUUGCGUUGUAGGCGGAAUUCGUACCGAUGACGCCUCCUAUUUCACUAACAACGAGGCAAUUCCGUUCCUAGAUGCGUGCCAUAGUAAGACCGUUGGUGGUAUUCCCGUGGCUAGCGACGUGUUUCUUUUUCAGAAGCAACAGACUUUCAACCGUUUAAAGAACUUAGAGUAUGGUGCAUCCUUGCGAAAGCGGCGCAUUUGGAUUUUUCGAAUGUACCAAAAACGUAUCGAAUCUGACGGAAACUAUGAUAUCGUGGGACUCAACUGGCCGGUCUUCUUCUGUCGCGACCCCAUUCAAGAUCCGGACGUAAUCCGUUCGCAGUUUCGCGAUCCCAAAAACUUCCUUCUCGACCAGGAUGCCACAUUUGAUCUGCUUGCUAAUACCCCCGAAUCAAACCAUGCGGGCUUAAUGUUCUUCAGCGACCACGGAACUCCCGUCGGAUGGAGAUUCAACCAUGGCUACGGAUGUCAUACUUUCAAGUGGAUUAACCAAAAGGGUCAGUUUGUGUAUAUCAAGUAUCAUUUUAUCGCCAAACAUGGGCAGAAGUAG